UAGAAACCAGCAGGUCGUCAUGGCGGGACAGACUGCGUUUGUGCUCUUACUUGCGGCGACCUUGACGCUCUCAUCCGAGGUGCCUGCUGAUGACUCUGUGGGUUUGAUGACUGAGCCGCAGGUGGCCAUGAUCUGCGGCAAGCUCAACAUGCACAUGAAUGUGCAGAGUGGCAACUGGGAGCCAGACCCAUCCGGCUACAAAAGCUGCUUCGACACCAAGGAGGGCAUUCUGAAUUACUGCCAAGAAGUGUAUCCAGAACUUCGGAUCACUGACGUGGUGGAGGCCAACCAGCCUGUCAGCAUCCCAAACUGGUGCAAGACAGGGCGCAAGCAAUGCCACAGUCUCACUCAUACUGUGGUGCCAUACCGCUGCUUGGGAAAACCUGAGGCCGUCUGUCAAACAGUUGAAGCUAAAAAGACGACGGAUGCUGCAACAACACAAUGAUCCAAAACACAGACAUAAAUCAACUUCAGAAUGGUUUCAGAAGAACAAAAUACACGUUCUGAAGUGGCGAAGUCAAAGUCCAGGCUUGAACCCCAUUGAGAUGUUGUGGCAUGACCAAAAGACAGCGAUUCAUGCUACACAUCCCAGGAAUCUGACUGCACUACAACAGUUUUGUAGAGAAGAAUGGGCCAAGAUUAGUCCUGAUCGAUGUGCCAGACUGAUCUGCAGCUACAGGAAGCGUCUGGUUCAAGUUAUUGCUGCCAAGGGUGGGGGGGGCACAAAAUAUUAA